AUGUCGCAUCUUCUUAGCAAGGUCACAGAGGCCGUAACUGGCCAUCACCAUUACUCCAAGGAGCACCAUAGCCAGGCGGGAAAUCCCAAUGCUCCUAAACACGGAUCUGAUACGGGCUAUGGAUCUGGACCCACCGACAGAUACGGGUCCAACACUGGCAACUAUGGAUCACAGUCCGGCUCCCACGGCUAUGGCUCCAACGCCAACACGUACGGGUCUCAAACUGGCUCUGACAACUACGGGUCCGGCACAACUAAUUACGGCCAACACAACGCCGGCAAUUACGGAUCUGCGACUGGAACCUAUAGACCUGGUACUCGGGAGUAUAGCUCUCCUGUUGCUGGCGAGUAUGGCUCCCAGCCUACUGCGGGUAACUAUGGGUCUGGGGCCGAGAGUAUGGCUCCCGUCCUAGCGCCGGCAACUACGGGGCCGGGGCCGGAAAGUAUGGCUCUCGCCCUGGUGCCGGUCAUUACGGAUCAGGUACUGGUGAUCUAG